AUGUCCCGUUAUCGAGGGCCUCGUUUAAAAAAAAUACGCCGUCUGGGAGCUUUACCAGGACUCACUAGAAAAACGCCUAAAUCCGGAAGUAAUCAGAAAAAGAAAUUCCAUUCUGGGAAAAAAGAGCAAUAUCGUAUUCGUCUUCAAGAAAAACAGAAAUUGCGUUUUCAUUAUGGUCUGACAGAACGACAAUUACUUAGAUAUGUACAUAUCGCUGGAAAAGCGAAAAGAUCCACAGGUCAGGUUUUACUACAAUUACUUGAAAUGCGUUUGGAUAAUAUCCUUUUUCGAUUGGGUAUGGCUUCAACCAUUCCUGGGGCCCGACAAUUAGUUAACCAUAGACAUAUUUUAGUUAAUGGUCGUAUAGUUGAUAUACCAAGCUUUCGUUGCAAACCCCGAGAUAUUAUUACUACGAAGGAUAACCAACGAUCAAAACGUUUGGUUCAAAAUUAUAUUGCUUCAUCCGAUCCGGGCAAAUUACCAAAGCAUUUGACGGUUGACACAUUGCAAUAUAAAGGACUAGUCAAAAAAAUUCUAGAUAGGAAGUGGGUCGGUCUCAAAAUAAAUGAGUUGUUAGUUGUAGAAUAUUAUUCUCGCCAGACUUGA